UGGCAUGCCAAAGAUGUGCAUUUAAAGCUGCUCUUGUGUUUUUAUUGGCCCGCAGCACAUUAUUGGACAAUGUAGGGGAAAAAAGGUCCUGUGCUCCUCGGUGGAAGAAGUUUGGACCACCCCAACGUAUGCAGUGAAUGUACUGUUUUUAUUGACAAAAGAUUCUUCCAGCUCUGUUUGGGUUAACAAUUUAGACUACAAUGUAAUAAUCGGAUUUUAUUAGGCAGUCUUUCAGCUCCCCCUUGUGGUUAAAGCCGGGCACCACACCAUACGAGUGUUCAACAAAUGGGAACCUUGAACAUUUUCCCAUAUUAAUUCAGAAUGUGAAAGUCAAAGAUGAGAGAAGAAAAUAGGGACGGUUAUUUGGCACAUUGGCUGACCGUCACUAGAAAUACAUACCAAAAAUGUGUGCACCUGAUGUAAUUUCGCGGAUGCUGCCAACAGGGGUCGCCGAUUAUCUGUGCAGGAAUGUGUUGAUGCGUAACCAUGUUAACCCUGGCACCUCAUCAUUUGGAAACUAGAUCGGGGAUCAGCUCUAUUCCGUUGAUUUAAUCAGAACUGCACUCCGCUUCUUCGACGGCGUCACCCAUGGAAAACAACCCGAACGCCAAGCUUGACUCGGUGAAACUAUGGAAACUCGGUGGGCCCGACCAGGACACGCGCCGCCGGCCCUCGGACACGCGCUUCAGCUGCUGGACCCCGCUGAUGAAUCAGACCAGCAACAAGCAGUUGUUUGAGGAGAGGACCACUCUGGUGUUGCACUGGUUUGACCUGUGGACAGACGGACAGAGGAAACACUUGUUGCAUUCUCUGCUCACUCGCUGCACCAAGCCUCAGCUCAGGUACUGUAGAGAUCUGCUGAUUGAAACACUUCCAGUGACUCAAGUGGAUUUGACAGCGGUGUUGCCCCGCUUCCUGUCGCUUUACAUCAUGUCCUUCCUGUCCCCUCUGGACCUCUGCUUUGCUGCCCAAGUCAGCUGGCACUGGAGAUUUUUGUCUGAACAGGACUGUCUCUGGGCUGGCCGCUGCAUGCGGCAAGGCUGGUUCCUUCCCUACACACCUGGAGAAAAGGAGUUCGGUGCCUGGAAGAACCACUACAUCACCUGCGUGAACACACUGGACCGGCUGACCCCCCGCGAAGCAGCACAACAGUACGGGACUCUCAACCAACCGUUUGACGAGCUGGCAGAAGAAGUGGAGGAGAGACUGAAAGAGAGGAUGGUCAGGCAAAUUAUCAGAGAGAUGAUUCAAGAGAAGAAGAGAACAUCACUAGCCACCAGGGAAGCCUGGAGCAGCAGCACAAAGUUGGGGAAACCUGGAGGGGGUAGCCUCCAAAGCAGAACUUCCUGGUCCCUCACAACCUCUGCACCUCCUGACUUCCGUCCGAGCAAAAGCAGAGGACUGAGCUCAGAGAGAGUCGUGACGUCGAACAGAGCCAGCGGCCAACUGUCCACCUUCACCUCCACACCUGCACGGCUUCAAGGUCCCCCCCCCCAUCCUGGGGUCCGCUUGCUGCUGAUCUCCAAUAGAAUCCCUGCCUAUGAGCUGGUACUGAGCGGCACCAGGCCGGAGGUGGUUGUGGUUCUCUAUGACCACAGAGGGACCCUCUCUGCACUGUUGUCCCAGGUGGAGAGGGCAGUGUCUGGGCGCACGGUUCAAAGACUGGGCCUUUUAGCUCCGGAGGAAGGAACGGAGGGAAUCCACCUUUUUCACAACAUCUGCCUGUCGGACAAAACCCUGCUGACUCCAUCUCACAGGGAAUUCUGGGAAAAACUGUGCACCCUGAUGGCCCCCGCGGAACAAGGGGGUGGGAUUGACAUCUUUUCGCCAAUUGCGGCAUCGACCUCAGGAGUGGCGCUCAUGAAGACCCUCGCCACUCUGACGGGUCUGAAGGUUUGGGCACCAAUGGGUCUCGCCACAGGAAGUUUCCAGAAUAUCCUGAGUGAGUGGUCUGAUGGUAGCAUCGGAGCCAGCGGACUCUCCGACCUGCAACCAGGAGGCCUGGCGCUUCAGUACAUCAGUGUGCAAGUCCUGCAGGGCUGGUGCAGACAAACCCUGUGGAUGGAGGAGGCUUUGGGCGAAAUGAGAAGAUGCUUGGAGCCUCGUCUGCAGGAGGCCAGCCUUCAAGCCCGGUGUCGAGCUCUGGGUCAUUCUCUGUGGGAGAAAGUUUGUCUUGAGGAUCUUUGUCUAUCUGAAGACCUGACCCAGGCACUCACAGAGGGACUCACUGCUCUCAGCAAACAGGAAGAUACGAGACAUUUGGAGUUUCUCGCCACCUUUCUGACAAGCUGGAAGCAUGCGAAUCAAACAGAUGAUGUCUCUGUGAUGCGGGCACCUCCUCAGGUGCAGUCGGACUGGAGAGGUGUCGUCGCCAGAGAGUUACAUCACAGCGAACGUCUGUACAUCAGCAGACUGGAAGCUCUGGUGAAGGCAUACCAGGAGCCUCUCACAGCAGCCCUCAACUCCAACAGAGCCAUUCUUAGUUCUGCUGAUGUGCAUGUAGUUCUGAGCCCCAUCGCACAAAUACUGGACCUCAACAGGCGGUUCCAGGCAGAUUUAGAAAACAGGCUGCAGCACUGGGGUGCAGAGCAGUGUGUUGGGGAUGUGUGCCUGGAACUGUGCACACAGCUCAGAGUGUAUACAAACUACCUCAACAACUACACAACUGCCCUCAGCACCAUCGACAAGUGCAGGGAAUCCAAACCAGCAUUCCGAGCUUUCCUGAAGAGAACUGACAGAACUCUGACAACACACAUGUUGAGUCUGCAGGAGCUGCUACUGUGUCCGGUGUGGAGGAUCCAGGAGUACACAACUCUGCUGCAGGCUUUGACUGUGCACACACACACCAGUCACCCUGAUCACAUAUACCUCUCCUCCGCCCGGGACACGUUGCAGCGAUACAUGCAGUUCAUACAAAAGUUGAAGCGCAACUGCGAACAAGAUGGGCUCCUGGAGGACACCCAAAGGAUGAUACAAGGCUGUCCAAGUCUCAGGGAGGGAAGUCGGCAGCUGGUAACCACUCAGGAUGCUGCGAUGGUCCAGAGCCCCAAUGAAGACAUACCAGAGUCCCUCAGGACCUACGAACAUGUGGCAGACAUUGGCCUCUUCCUGUUCACUGAUGCGUUGGUGAUGACACGGAGGCAAAAGCGACACACGCCUUUCACGGUGGCGCACAGGAGCACGCACACGUUCAUGGCUUCUGUAGAGCUCACCAGCCUGGCUGUGAGAAAGCUCUCACACUCGCGCUACGUGAGCCACGCCUUUGUUUUGGAGGGUCCGUGUCGGUCGUGGGUGUGUGCCACAGAGAACGGAGAGGAGAUGGAGCACUUCCUGUGCAUGCUGAGGAGCACCAUGCAGACGGCCCUGGCGAUGACCUGAUACACGAGCCCUUGGUGCGCCUUCACCCUGACACCCAAGAAGGAUGGUUGUAGAGUAUAAACCCGAGUUCCCAAUUUUAUAAUUAAAAUAGUAAAUUGUAUUUUUUCUUACGACACUGUUUUCUCUGAACGAGACAUCAGUAACAACUACUGUAGUUUUGAUCCUUCCCUGCUUUUGGCGCCCCCUUGAUGCCAAGACGCACUUCGCAUCUGCCUACCUUAUUACCGAAGGCUUGCCUGCUAGUUUAACUUCA